AUUCCCUAUUUUUAUGUACUAUAACUUCGCAAAUAUAUAUAAUAUAAUACUACACGACCCGGUGCUCUAUAUGAUAGCCCUGGUCUUAGUCGAUGGCAUACUCCUGAGCAAAUCUACGAAUUGUUAUACUAACCGACUCCGACCAGCCUAUCUUCUACGAUAAUAAAUAUGUAUAUAGCGUCCAAAUGUCCCUAGAGAAGGCUCUUACGUAUUCGAAAAGGCGUAACUAUUUGAUCCGUCUGGGUCGACCCUUAGUGUAUGCGAAGAUGCUCGAAUUCUAUGAUAUUCUUCGUAGGUCUAGUAAGAAACUCAUCGGUAAGAAUUUCUAUCGCCUGUACCCAAACCGAUAAGCGACUAACUUAUUUACUAGGGUAUAACGAAACCUCGAAUAGUCUAGCUGCGUAAACCACUAAAGAGUCUGUAAGGGUUUGUGCUAGUAAGUAAGUCCUGCUGCGGAGUCCUUUAG